AUGCCGUUGGCGAUGAAGAGGCAAGAAGUGGGACCAGUGGAUCCGGAGGCUUCCGGAAGUCGAGGAAGUGCCAAUGCCUCGUUACUAUUUCCGCGGUGGACGUUCUCUGGAUUACGGCAACCUUCAGCUGCAUACAUUUUUGGACGCAAACCAGGACGGCGAGGGUCCGAUAUGUUCGCUAGUAAUGUCAAGGUCGAAGGUAGCACCAUUGCAACACAUGUCAAUUCCCAGUUUGGAGCUGCAAGCAGCAACGCUAGGAGUGAGGAUCGCCAAUUCCGUCAGCGAGAUGCUUACUUAGAAGUCAAGCAGCGGUUCAUGUGGUCCGAUUCGAAGACCGUACUCUCGUGGAUUCACUCCAACCACCGUCGAUAUAAACAGUUUGUGGCGUUUCACAUCGGCGAGAUACACAGUCUAACAAAAAUAGCGGAAUGGCGAUGGGUGCCAACCAAGUGCAAUGCGGCCGACGCGUUAACGAAGUGGGAGAAAGCGCACAGCAUGCAUUUCGAUGCUCUAUGGUUCCGUGGCCCUGGAUUCCUCUACCAAUCGGAGGAUUGUUGGCCGAAGCAGGACAGCAUCACACCAAACGUUGCCGAAGAGGUCCGAGCGUGUUUCCAGUACCACGAUAUCACAAUCACCGAUAGUCGCAAUCAUGUCGAUAGUAGAUCCGCAACGCAACGAUUCUCAAAGUGGAGGGUAUUAGUGCGGACAAUGUCAUGCGUCUAUCGGUUCGCAUCGAACUGUCGAAGGAAAAAAAGUGAAUUCAAGAUCGAAACAGUUCCAGCCACAGAAGCGGUGCAGAAGGCGGUUUCAAAAUGUGUACGAUCGACAACGGUACCGUUGAAACGCGAAGAGUACCGGAAGCCGGAGGCGUACCUCUGGCGGUCAGCCCAGGCCAAUUGUUUCAACGACGAGAUCAAGACGAUCAAGAAGAACCGGCAGCUACCGUUACAGCAGCAGCUGCAAUUAGAGAAAAGUAGCAGUUUGCACAACCUUAGACCGUUCCUAGACGCUGAGGACCAUCCGGUGACCGACAAGCUGCUCGAAUACUACCAUCACAAAGUAACACAUAGAAACGUGGAGUCCGCUGUGAAAGAAAUCCGGCAAAGAUUUAGCAUCCAGAACCUGCGAGCGGAGUUGAAGCGGAUCGGUAAGUCUUGCAUGUGGUGCAAGGUAAAGAAAUGCCGAGCGAGGACACCGAGAAUGGCUCCAUUGCCGGAGUCGCGCGUCACGCCGGGACUACCACCGUUCAGCCACACCGGCGUGGACUUCUGCGGGCCGGUAACAGUCACAGUCGGUCGAAGAUCGGAGAAGCGGUACAUCUGUUUGUUUACCAGCAUGACUACGAGAACUGUCCACCUUGAAGUCUCUCACAGCGCUGUGAGCGACUUCAAGGAGGACAGACCUCGUAGUCAUGCAGUAAAACCGGCGCUGGCGGUAUUCGACGAUGGGCGGUCUAUAACUGACGAAGUUUUCCUGACAGCAGUUGCUGAGGCUGAGGACCUCUUCAACUCGCGGCCGCUGACAUACGUGGCCCUGAAGUCUAAAGCACAAGAAGCGUUAACACCGAACCAUUUCAUUCGCGGCGUCGGAACGAUUAACGUGGAACGUGCCGUUCCAAACACAAGCGAAGGCGAAGCACUGAGGGACCAGUACAAACGGUCGCAAUUGUUGGCGGACAAACUGUGA